AUGCUCGACAAUUCACUCAGUCAGUCUUUCGUGGGCGGACUCGAGUGCCUUGACGGCAACCUCGUGAGGACGAACGGGAAUCAAGGUCGAUUGAUACAGGCAGAAGAGCUCCAGGUGCAAGUAAUGGAGACGAGAUUGAGGGUUCUCGGGCCGGAUCACCCAGACACGCUGACCAGCAUGGCCAACCUGGCGUUCACUCUGAAUGACCAGGACCGCGAAGAAGGAGCGGUGCAAUUGAUGAUUUCCCGCUUCAAGCUACACGUGGAAGUGCUGGGCGACCCACACAAUGACACAGAGUGCUGCCUUGCCGCCCCGAUCACGUGGGUCAGUCUUCAAGAUAUGCAGAAGGUGAAGUAG